GAGGAAUUACUAAAAGGCCAUGCAGUGAACCGGGACAAAGCGAAUGAUGUCUGGGCGUUCGGCUGCACAUCAGUGUUGACAACCACCUUACAAGUGGCAGAAUUCGGAUCAAUUUGAGAAGGGCAUAUUCAGGAUUGUUUAGCUUUGAUGUCAGUAAGCGUCCAAGUAUGGAGUCGAUUGUCCAAUUUUUCGGAGUUCUUCGUGUUAGGACGCGUGCACAGGGACCUCCUCGAGAUGGACUCGGAGAUGCGAUCAGUUCGAGAUGCUGAAAUAGUUAGUGCCUCAGAUUACGUCGCUGAUGAGCACGACCAGUACGCUUGUUACCGUGGAGUGUGGUCGGUACUUUAUUUUACUUCAAGCCAGAUUAGAGGCUCCCCUGGCGUCCUGUGGCCCGACGGGCGUAUGGUUCCGUAUCGAUCCAACAAUUACGUCGAUACUCAAUUCUCAUACGAGCGCUGCCUCCUUGUGUCCCCCAUGGCCAUGCGUCGCGGAACGGUCCGAUAUGAAGAAAGGACGUUGUUUGGCCUGAUUCAACGAGAGUUUUUGGGACACACGGCAUCGACUAGGAUUUUGCAAAGUCACUUCCGGUCCACAAUUCGUGGGACUUGUGAGAAAGAUGACGCUGAAAUUUUGCUUGGUUUUCAUUGCAGCGCCAUCACAAGAGCCCCAUCCGUUAUUCCAAUGAACGCUGGUAACUCUGCCUACCAGUGCCUACCAGUUCGCCAUGUAUGAGGACCUGCAAAUACGGCAUGAAGGCUACACAGUGGGCGUCCAGGCAUGUCCUGAUGGCAGAAGAUACCAAUGAAAACUUCAGGGCGUCCUAAAACAUCCUGGGACGUCUAGGGAAAAACUUGGCUAAUGCAACCCUUUUUACUUGUGAAUGCCCAGUCUGAUCUGUGACCAGCUUUGCAGCGGCGGAAGGAAGGAUACUGCAUAAUGCAGUCAAAGAUGUAGACGAACUGGACUCGACUUAGG